CCCUCCGUUGAUCGCUUUCAAUAUUAUCUCUACUACGUACGUACGACACCAAUGAAGCCUUUCAACGUACUCCCUCUCCCUCUAUUCCUUCUGUCGUCUCUCCUCCUCGCAAUCUCCUCCUCCGCCGACCUUUCCUUCCUCGAGAACACGUGCCGGCGCGUCGCAACUGCCAGCCCCGCCAUCGGCUACGACUUCUGCGUGCGAUCACUCCGAUCCGACAAAGAAAGCCUUGCGGCUGCCGACUUAGCGGCACUCGCCGUCGUCGCCGCCAGGAUCGCCAACGCCGCUGCCGCCGGCACUGAGUCGCGCAUAAAAUGUAUGAUCGAGUCGGAGCUAAACCCUUCUAAACGAGACCGCCUCGGCGUGUGCGACGAGGUCUACUCCGACGCCAUUGACCGCAUCAGAGACGCGGUGCGGAGCAUCGAGGCGGGGCUCUACUCCGACGCCGUGACGUUCCUGAGCGCGGCGCUUGACGCGUCGGAGAAUUGCGAGGACGCGUUCGGAGAGGGCGCCGAGGACGACGGGUCGGCGGCGGCACCGCCGUCGCCGCUGGAGAGGGAGGAUGGGGAGUACGAGAGGUUGGCCGAGAUUGCUCUCGCCAUUACGGCAUGGUUGGUGUGAUUUGUUGUGGGCGCCAUUAAUUGUGUUGUGUUUGUGCUGUGAUCAAUUCGCUUUGGUUGGUGGUUGUCGCUUUGUUGAUUCCUCUGUUGUAAGUUCUUAACGUUUGUUUUGUUUGCUUGGGUGCAUGCAAGGAGUGGAAUCUUGUUGUGGGUUUGCUGUGUACGGACUAGAUUGCGUCCAUCAUGUAAAUCAUGAUGAUGUAAAUUUUACAGUCGACGAAUAAAAAUUUCCUCACGU